UCUGGGAGGGUUGAAAUAAAGCUCUUAUAAUAUAAAUCGAGCUGGUAAAAGUGACGGGGAACGAUGUAUAACUUCAAACAGCUGACAGGAGUAAAAACGUGUGACAGCGAUCGGUUCAGGAUAGUCGCAGUGCUGACAGAUGGGAAACGUGGCUGCGCUGCGGGAGUAACCCUGGUGCUUCGUGAGAAGGAGAGAUGCCGGGUAUUGUCACAACAGCUCCCCCUAGGAAAGGGAACCAGACUCCCAUCAGCCUGCCCUGGGGGCUCCUGAACUCCUGCAGACACACUCCAGCCAGUCUCGAACCCGAUAGCAGUGCUGUGGACUUGAGUGUACUGACAGUGAGGCAGGACAGCAGGAAGAGAGAGCAGCGGAAGAGACAGUGCCUCCUGGCGCGGAGGGCAGCGCUGGAGAAGGCAGGGGUGUUACACAAGAACUCCACUCUGCCCAAGAAGGGCUCCCAGCCCAGAACAACCCCUCUCCCUCCUCAGCCUGGGGGCGUGAAGAAGGGGCUGUUAACGGCACCCCCUGGAGGGCUUUGGGAGUGCGACAGCGGGUUCUCGUCGGAAGCCAGCCUCCCUUCCAGUGGACGCUGCUCUCCCUGCUUCCUCUCCAACCCCAGCAAGCUGGUGGCACUGGACUGUGAGAUGGUGGGCACGGGCCCCGGGGGGCGGUGCAGCGAGGUGGCGCGGUGCAGCCUGGUGGGUUACCAUGGUGACGUGCUCUAUGACAAGUAUAUCCGCCCCCUGGGGCCCGUGGAGGACUAUCGGACACGCUGGAGCGGGAUCCGCAAACACCACCUCCGAGACGCGCUGCCCUUCAGAGAGGCGCAGAGAGAGAUCCUGCAGAUAUUGAAGGGGAGGGUUGUGGUGGGCCAUGCCCUGCACAAUGAUUUCCGGGCGCUGGGGUAUGAUCACCCCAGGGAGAUGACGAGAGACACCAGCCGCCAGCGGCUGCUCAGACUGAGGGCCGGCCUCCCUGUCCGGGCGUCAGUCUCACUGCGGAACCUUACAAAGAAGCUGCUGAACAGAGACAUACAGGUGGGCAGGGAAGGGCACUGCUCAGUGGAAGAUGCCACCGCUGCCAUGGAGCUCUACAGGCUGGUGGAGGUGCAGUGGGAGCAGGAGACCCUGAGCAGGCUGCCAGCCGAGGACACACACUCUGACCUCUCCCCCAGCCACUACAUGAACGACCAGUACUGGCCUGAGGACCUGAACGAAGACUGCCAGUGAGAACCAAGCUGCCACCAAACCUACCUCCGCUCUCCCUGGCAGGAGAGUGCGCCGUGGGGCUCUGCUGGGGCCUGGCUCUCUGGCUUGGGUUCCACAAGUUCAGGUGUUUGAACCAGCGACCCUUGUGUGUGUGGAGGGUGUAAUGCUGUACCCAGUUCUGCUGUUUCCAUCUAGUGUCACCAUGACUAGACCAACUAGAACUUGACUGGAAUCAACCCUUGUAUUUAGUCUGCACUGUAAUCGGUUCACAUUAUUUGUCAGCCCUGCAUUGUGCCUUUGGGUGCCGAUGCGGUUUUGAAACUUCUUCCUGACUCGUGGCAUGGUAUUUAAGUGGGUCUUGUGAAAAUCCCUGCAUCUGGAAACAUGCAGACUCUGGAGUUCCACACUGUGUGGGAUCCAGGCAUUAGGAAUCCCUGUAGCUGGUGGAAUGUCAGCAUUAAAGACUGAGGGGGGGGUUGUUACGGAACAGAAGCACUGUGAUUGACAUAUUGAAUCCUUGCUGUUUACACUCAGGCGCUCCAGGUGGAACAACGUUCUCCGUUGGUUUCUUGUUUCUGUAGUCACCGUACACAGGGAGGUCUGGUAAAAUGAUGGGAACGGUAAUGUAUUGAAAUACAGACACCCUUGUAUUAAUCGUGGGGUGAUUUAUUGACGUCUGCUAUGAAGAGGUCUGCACUACAUUAUCUGAGCUUGUUACCUAUACACUGUGGCCAAUCAGGCUGGAUUCUUAUUUCCGCCCCUGUUGGGCGCUGUGAGCAGUGUGUGUGAAACGCUUAUUGCACUGCUGCAGCACGUCUGUAUCUUCAGAAGGACUGAACAGACCUCUGCACUCCCAGCUGAAGAAAUGUUCACACUGUCACUAAAAUAAUGUGCGGAGUCAAACGUUACCUCGGACAAAUCAAGAAAGGUCUUUAUUGUGUGGAUUUAUUAAGUUAAAAAUGUUUAUUAAAAGUAAGUUAUCAGUAUAAUCGAGUGGGGUUUAUGUUUGCCUGGUUUGUAUUAAAGUGGUUUUGCUUGCUGAGCUGA